AUGUUUCUUGUACUUAAUGAACUCAAGAAUGUAGGUGAAGACAGACUCGCAAACUUCAACUCUUUGAAAUCAAUUAUUACGGAUAAUGAGAUUAGAAUUAAUGAAAAGAAUCAACCCAGAAGAACUGCUCAGAAUGUUGCCAAUUUCAUUUUGGUAACUAAUAACGUCUACCCUGUCAAAAUUGAAGUUGGAGACAGAAGAUACGUAGUUUUAAGAGUUAAUGGUAAAUUCAAGGGUCAAUUUGAUUAUUUCAAGAAUUUAAUGGAUUCAUGCACAAAGGAAUUUUAUGAUAAUUUACUGACGUAUUUUAUGCAAUAUGACCUUUCAUCAUUUAAUGUACGAAUCAUUCCGAUGACUGAAGCCAAACAAGAUUUAAUAGAAUUAUCAACAAAUCCUUUAGAUGUAUGGAUAAAUACACAUUAUGAUGAAUUGUGUGCAGGUAUGACGUGUAAAAAUGCUCUAUUCUGCAAACCAUCAGACAUGAAAGACAAAAACUUUCAAAUGAGCAUUAAGGAUAAAUGUGAUAGGAAACAGAGAAGAAUAGAUGGUAAACAAACAUGGUGUUAUGUUUUGAAAGAAGAAAUGAAAGGAUUAUAUAAACAGGUUGAACCAAACGAUAAUGAGGAUUCAUUUACUGACGAUGAAAUACCUGUAAAUGAAGCUUUAUAA